UGGCGGACGUUAAUGAGCAGAGGGACACAUCGUACUGCUGCCACACUUCACAGUCUACCUGGGCAAAUGAUGCAGAAACUGCACAUAAUUAAUUAUGUAGUGUUUGCUGCUGUCUAUACAUGUUUAUUGUCAUCAUUGGCCAUUUUAAGCAUUCCUAUGCUAGCAGUAGACUACGAACAGAUAUGAAAUGUGUCAUAAUGUCGCAGGAGGUCAGCGCUGAGGAAAUGGAGGAGAUCAGAGAGAGCUUCCAGAAAGUGGACGUGGACGGCAACGGUUACAUCUGCGCCUCUGAGAUUGGUGAUCUCUUCCGUGAGUUGGGUUGUUCAAUACCCGGCUACCAGGUCAGAGAACUCCUUCAGAAGCUGGACAGAGACAAAGACAGCCGCAUCGACCUUGACGAGUUCACCGCUAUUUUUAAGGAUAUGAAGGACGACCGCAUUGCCCAAGGUUUCAGAAAAGCUCUCAACAAGAAGGAAGGAAUCGUCGCCAUCGGGGGCACCAGUGAAAUCUCAAGUGAAGGAACUCAGCAUUCAAUAUCUGAGCAGGAGCGCUUUGCUUUCGCCAACUACAUCAGCUCCACCUUGGAGGAGGAUCCAGACUGCAAACACGUGCUGCCCAUCGACCCCAACACUGGAGCUCUGUUCAAAGCACUCGCAGAUGGCAUUGUGCUUUGCAAGCUCAUCAACCAUUCGGUUCCUGAGACCAUUGACGAGCGAACCAUCAAUAAAAAGAAACUGACAGCAUUCACAACACAGGAGAAUCUGAACUUGGCUCUGAACUCCGCCUCGGCAAUCGGCUGUCAAGUUGUCAACAUUGGCGCUCAAGAUCUCAAGGAGGGGAAACCUCAUCUGGUGCUUGGACUCCUCUGGCAGAUUAUCAAGAUUGGACUGUUUGCAGACAUCGAACUGAGCCGCAACGAAGCCAUCGCAGCGCUGCUGGAGGAAGGGGAGAGUUUGGAAGAGUUGAUGAAAUUAAGUCCGGAAGAGUUGCUGCUGCGCUGGGCCAAUUUCCACCUGAAGAAAGUUGGCAUUACCCUGACAAACUUUUCGGGGGAUAUUAAGGACUCCAAGGCGUAUUUCCACCUGCUGGAGCAGAUUGCACCAGAUGGCAGCAAAGAGGGCGCUGAAAGAGUUGAAAUUGAUAUGACGGGACUUUACGAGAAAGAUCUUGCAAAGAGAGCCGAGCUCAUGCUCGAGCAAGCCGACCGCAUCGGCUGUCGAGAGUUUGUGACGGCGACUGACGUCGUCUCUGGAAACGCAAAGCUCAACAUGGCCUUUGUGGCCACGCUCUUCAACAAACACCCGGCUCUCACCAAACCCGAGAACCAAGACUGGAAUGUGAUAAGUGAGACCAGAGAGGAAAGAACGUUCCGGAACUGGAUGAAUUCUCUUGGAGUGAGUCCACACGUUCACCACAUCUACGGCGAUCUGCAGGAUGCCAUGGUUAUCCUUCAGCUGUAUGAGAAAAGUAAGGUGCCAGUGGACUGGGACAGCAGAGUCAACCUCCCUCCAUUCAGGGCAGUAGGGGGAGGGCGUAUGAAAAAGAUUGAAAACUGUAACUAUGCCGUGGAGCUGGGAAAGGAGAAAGCAGGUUUCUCCCUGGUGGGAAUCGGAGGACUGGAUGUCUUUGAUGGGAAUCCCACUCUAACCCUGGCACUGGUCUGGCAGCUGAUGAGAAGGUACACUUUAAAUGUUCUGGAAGACCUCGGGGACGGACAAGUUGCAGGAGACGAUUUAAUCAUUACGUGGGUGAACAAGACUUUGGCUGAAGCUGGCAAGACUUCUUCAAUCAAAAGCUUUAAGGACAAAUCACUGAAUAGUAGUAUCCCAGUUUUGGACUUAAUAGAUGCAAUCCAACCCAACAGUGUCAACUUUGAGCUGGUUCAAGAAGGAAAUCUGACAGAUGAAGACAAACUCAAGAAUGCCAAGUAUGCCAUUUCCAUGGCGAGGAAGAUUGGCGCUAAGGUCUAUGCCCUGCCUGAGGACUUGGUUGAGGUCAACCCCAAAAUGGUGAUGACCAUCUUCGCCUGCCUGAUGGGAAGAGGCAUGAAGAGGGCUUAAGGGUGACACGGAUUCUGACAGCCACUUCUAGCAACUGACUUUCUAUGCCAGUUUGACUGAAAUGGUCAUUCUGUGGGAGCCAAAUGAGUACAUAGUGUCCAUUUUGUGGCUUGUUUUAAAAAAUAGUUUUCCAAAAUGGGUCGCGACUCAACUCUGCAAUAUGGUAGCCUUAAGUUCUAUCCAGUGCAUGCUGCAAAAUGCCUGUCUAUGAGUAGGGAUGACCUUGUUUUCAUACGAGACUACUGUACAUUUACGCACGAUAUUUCUUUGACCUUGCUGAUGCCAAACUAUUCUCUACCGUAUAUUAAGUUGACAUUUUAUACAUAAAAGGCAAUAGGCUAUGUUAAAUAAAAGACCUUCAAAUGCAAUCUUUUUCUGUGCUUUAUUAUGACAUGUAUGAAUAUUAGGAUGCACAAUGCAACUUUCCACCAGGGUCUACCCCGCCUCUCGACCGAAGUCAGCUGGGCUAGGCUCCAGCAUACCCCCGUGACCCGAAUUAGGAGGAGCAGCAUAGAAAAUGGAUGGAUGAAUGUUAAAUCACUUAAUCACAAAAUAAAACAACCAAGGCAAGACAUGAGAGAUAAGAAAAAUAGGAAAAUAGAAUAAGUAAAUAAAUAAAUACGGAUCAUGUCAAAUUUGCAGUGCAAUAACACAUAAUUAAAAUAUAUGUGCAUGGCUCAGAUCAAGGGUACCCUUUGCUGUCUUCAACUUCACUUGAGUAGUAUUUGAAAUAGUUGUUCUAACAAUGUGUACUAUCCCUAUCACUCUGACGUUUAUAGAGUGAGGAAGCUUACCAAACCAUAAAUUAAGCCUGUUAAUGUUUUUAUUUUGCGCUAGCACGGCUAUGUUGUAAAAAAGUGUCUAUAUUUGGACAUUGAAAUGUUACAUGUAAAGCAUUUCUACUUUUGUUGUGAAAUUAACAAUAUGUUCUCUGAUAAUGUUGUCAUGAUUUCUACUUAGAAUUAAAGAAUGAUGUCUGAAA